AUGAGCGCCGAGCAAGCCGCAACCACCACCGCCCCGGCCCCCGAGGUCGGAGACAAGCGCAAGGCCGAUGAGGCUGACGAGGUCGUUGACAAGAAGGCCAAGACCGACGACGCCGAGGCUACCGAGGAGGCUGAGACCGCCGCCCCCGUCGACAAGGGCAAGGGCAAGUCCACCGCCGCCCCCGAGGAGCCCGAGGAGGAGGAGGAUGACGAUGACUCGGACGACUCGGACGACGAGCUCAUCGUUCGUGGUACCCGUAGGCGUAAGCAGGUGGACUAUUCGUCGGCCGAGGCUCUCGCCGCUGCCGGCCUCCAGAACGGCGACGACGAUGAGGACGAGGACGAGGAGGACGACGGCGAGUUUGAGGGUGGCGACGACGACGAGGACGACGUCGAGGGCCACGACGAGGAUGCCGAAGAGGGUGGUGCCGCUGCUGGUGCCGAGGAGGACGACGACGAUGAGGAGGUUUAG